AUGCAAGAAGUGGAAGUUGCAGCAAGAGAUGUUUUCAUUCAUUACAUAAAUGUUCAAAAGGACAAAACUAUUUUAUGGUCGUUUACAACAAAAAGAAAGAAUAUCUCUUUUGGUUUAUAUCAACGAAAAGGUCAUAAUGUUUCUACAUCAACUAACUCACACAUCACUACAGCCAACAACGCCACAACAGUUGCUAAUCUUAAUCUUAAUACUACUCUUGCUAAUAGCAUCAAAAAUAACACUACCGGAGCCACACCUACGACUUCUACAAUAAAAGAAGACGGAGGAGGGGGAAGUGGUGGUAUUGGUCAUAAUAGCGGUUAUGGGAUACCUAAUUCAGCAAGACCCAGUCUAAAAAGUAACAUAAGUAUAACAUCUGUUGAUACCAAUGACACUGAAGAUACCAGCGACUCUUCCCAAAAAGACAAUAACAACAGCGCUGAGUGGACCAAUUCCACCUCUACUUUAAACCCACUUCAUUCUCCUUCUACGCCUGGUGUUGCUAUUAAUGGUGGUGUUAAUGCAUUCCGUGGUCGAAAAAAAUCUGUUUCUUUGCAAAUAAUUAAAGAUCCGGGUUUGAAAGAAAUUUUACCAAUUGAACAUUAUAAUUCUGCUACUGCAACCAUAAAAGGCAGUUAUAAAGUUCAAGAUGAAGGAAUUUAUUGUUUGGUUUUUGGCUCAGAUGAUGAUCAAGAUAAACCUUUACCUGAAACUUCUGGUUGGAUGUUAAAGAAAAAAAGAAAGAAAAUACAAGGUUGGGCAAAAAGAUGGGUACAGAUUGAUAAUGGAAUCUUAUCCUAUUAUCAAUUUCCUGAUGGUCCAUGUAGAGGUUCAAUUCAUAUAGCAUUUUCAGCUGUAUCAUCCAGCCAACCAUAUCGUUCUAUAACAUUAGAUUCAGGAACAGCAACAUAUCAUUUUAAAACAUUGACAGACGAAGAAUUUGAAUCAUGGAUGAGCUUUAUUCGUAAAUACAUCAACCUAUCAAAAGACCUACAAAUCCUUGACUCAGAAUACCCAAUUAUUAGCUCACCAAGACAAUCCACCGAAUUCGAAAGACAUCAAAGCAUAUACCGUAAGCGACAAAGUCUAAUAGAACGACGUCAAAGUUUGAUAAAGAGACGCCAUAGUCUUACCCGUGACCCACAGGCUUUCUUCAGAUCAAACAAGUUGGAAGAAGAUUUGGGAAAAAUUUAUGAUCAUUUAAAUAGUAUGGAUGAUAAGUUUAAUAACAUUGAUGAAACUUUGGAAACAUUGAAAAAUUCGAUAGAGUCACCUGCUUCACCUUUUGCUAUUCCAAAAGCUUCACCAAGUGUUGAAGGAAAUCUAAGUGGUGAAUUAACCACACCAACAACUCCAACAACACCAUCAACUCCACGAUCAAAUUUCAUUUCAAUGGAGCCAAUCUAUGAUAAACUUUUUUCAACGUUUUCAGCUGUCAAAGACGACAAGAAAAAAAUAUUGGAUUUAUUACGUACAGAAUUUGAGAAAUGGAAAGCAUUAGAUCACGCCUAUCGUAAACUAUCAGCAGAAAAUGCUGAACUACGUAAACAACUUUCUAAUUCUGUUACUGCAACAACAACAAUGGAAAAAAGUGAACAUUUCUAUAAUAAUGAUGGUGACUCCGAGUAUCAGGAAAAAUUAGAUAACGGAGAAAGAAUUUAUAAACGUGCCGAAUCUUUGAGUACUAUAAAUACUGAUGUAUUCUUUGAUGCUGAAGACAUUGUUUUAACCUCCGAAACUAUCAACGCAGAUGAUAGUGAAGGCGAGGUUUCUAAUGUUGAAAUCAUUGAAGAUGAAAGUGAGGACGAGUCAUCAUCAUUAGACGCGUCAUUCAAUGACGAUGCAACUAAGAAAGAUGACGAGAAUAUUGAAGUGAAAGUAGAUGAUGAUGAUAGUGUAGAUAAAGCGGAAACUUUACAAAAAAUAUCAGAAGCUACACGUAAAAUGACUAUUCGUAGAAGGAAAAUACUUCCAUCACCUAUAUGUGGUGAAGAAGUUAGUCUUUUAUCUUUACUUCGUAAAAAUGUCGGAAAAGACAUGUCAACCAUAGCUAUGCCUAUAUCAUUGAACGAGCCGAUAAACUUGCUUCAAAAAUUAGCUGAAGAUUUAGAGUACAGCGAGUUGUUGGAUAAAGCAAAUUCAUCUGAUGAUUCGUUGAUGAGGUUGAUGUAUGUUGCUGCAUUUGCUGUUUCAGGUUAUGCCUCAUCUCAAUAUCGUACUGGUAGAAAACCGUUUAAUCCAUUACACGGUGAAACUUAUGAAUUGGUUCAUCCCGUAAAAGGAUUUAAAUUUAUUUCUGAAAAAGUUAGUCAUCAUCCACCAAUAAUGGCUUGUCAUGCUGAAUCACCAAAUUGGAUAUUUUGGCAAGAUUCAAAAGCAAAAAGUAAAUUUUGGGGCAAAUCAAUGGAAGUAAUACCAUACGGUACAGUGCACAUAAAACUUCCAAAGAAUAAUGACCACUUUUCGUUUAAUAAGCCUACUACAUGGAUGCGUAAUAUGAUAUCUGGUACAAAGUAUUUGGAACAUACAGGUGUAAUCCGUAUACAAAAUCAAACGACAAAAGAAGUAUGUGAAAUCACAUUUACAACGAGUGGUUUGUGGAGUAGCGGACCGAAAAGUGAGAUUGUUGGAGUGUUGUUUUCAUCAACUGGCAAGAAAUGUGGCAAGAUCGUAGGUAGAUGGAACGAAAUAAUAUUUAAUGAGAAAGCACCUAAUCAAUUGGAAGUACUUUGGAAAGCAAAUCCACCAUUACCAAACUAUGAAGAGUAUUAUGGAUUUAUGCCAUUUACAAUAGAACUUAACGAGAUUACGCCAGAUAUAUCAGAAUACUUGCCAAAUACUGAUACGCGGCUAAGACCUGAUCAAAGACUUUUUGAGAAUGGUUCUGUUGACCAGGCGGAAGGUGAAAAGCUUCGACUUGAACAGAAACAACGUGAAUUUCGGAAAGAACUUGAAACUCAAGGAAAGACAUGGGAACCACAAUGGUUUGAGUUGAAAGGCGACGAGUGGUUUAUAUUAAUUGUUUUAAUAUUAAUUGCAAGUUUAGGAGCUUUAUCAACAUGUGAAGGGUUAGAUUUUCAUUACAAAACUACUAAACAUUCGGAUAAACCAACUUCGGAUAGUUCAUCAUCGUCAACAACAGUUCCAGAAAAUCCGUCGUCAACAGCAGCUCCAGAAAAUCCGUCAUCAGCAGCUCCAGAAAGUCCGUCAUCACCAGCAACUCCAGAAAGUCCGUCAUCACCAGCAACUCCACCACCACCAACACCAGAUCCAAAUAACCCAAAUAACCCAUCACCACAGCCAACACCAGAUCCAAAUAAUCCAAAUAACCCAUCACCACAGCCAACACCAGAUCCAAAUAACCCAAAUAAUCCAUCACCACAGCCAACACCAGAUCCAAAUAACCCAAAUAACCCACCACCAACAAAUCCAAAUCCAAGCAAUCCAAAUCCGACAACCUCACUACCAGGUUCAGAACCAACAACAGCACCAGCACCACCAAAUACGCCGCCAAACAAAUCAGAUUUUCCAACGGUUUUAGCGUCAGCUAAGAUUGAAUCAGAUGUUGCACCUCCUGUCCCAUUAAAAAAUGGAAAGAUGACAGGGCUUUUAGUAUUUUAUCAACCAUCCGAUGGUAAAACAUCAAUAACCGGAUAUCUUAAUAAUCUAUUAGACGAUGUUGAAGGAAAAUAUACAUUUAAGAUAGUUAAUGAUAAAGGGACGGUUAUCAAUGAUUUGACCGGUAUGAUAAAUCCUAUAUUUCAAUUAGGUGGUUCAUCAACUUUUAGUACCAUUCAGGAUAGUGUUAGAUUGUCGGGUGAUCCUGCAACCAAUGCUCUUGGUAGUUUUUUUGUAAUUACGCAACGUGACGUUGCUAUUUGCAAAGCUUUAAUUGGUAAAGAGUUUGUUCUUGAUGGGUAA